AAAACAAGGGCGCGUUUGUAGAUGCGCAGCGAGGAUUUGUGUCUUCUUACGCGGAUCAAGGGAGAGGGAAGGGGGCGGAGCCCCUGGGCUACUUUGUAGGGACGCGCUUCGGGGGUCUGGCGAAGCGGCGUGCGUAGACCUGCCGGGUGCUUUCCUCUCCACGCGUUCAGCGAUGCCGGGUUGAGAUGCUUCUCCAAAAUGGCCCGCACCAGGAAAUGUAACAAGCACUUUGCAGAGGCCUAAAGUGGGGCAGGAAGUCGGAGGCGCGCUGGAAUCGCCCGGCGCGCAGAGCGAACCCGGGAGCGAGGAUCGCGAAAGGGGGAUCGCCAAAUUGCCGGCCCUGAUGCCCCGGCGCUCGCGGGGGGCCGGUUCUGUGGCGCAGCCCAGGGCAGAGGCAGGGCUACGAGAAGAGUCCGGCUGGAGAGGAGGAGCCUCAGCUCUGCGCCCCCAGAGUCUGGGAUCGUGGCCGACAUUGACUUGGAGAACAUCCUCUCUCUGAGCAGCGAGAGCUUCUACGAACUCAAGAGCCAACCUAUUGGUGUCAGCCCUCCAAGGGCCCCAGCUCAAGGUCCUAGCAUGUCAUCCCGGGUUCUGCUCCGGCAGCAGCUUAUGCGGGCGCAGACGCAAGAACAGGAACGUCGGGAGCAGCAACAGGCAGCACAGUUCACCCCUGCCUCCGCUGCACCAUCUACUCCAGCAAUUUCUGUGAGCCCGCUAGCUCGCCCUGCCCCUGCCCAGGUGCCUGUGGAGGUGUUGAAGGUUCAAACGCACCUGGAGAACCCCACCAAGUACCACAUCCAGCAGGCGCAGAGACAGCAAGUCAAACAGUAUCUUUCUACUGCCAUGGGGAGCAAGUUGUCAACCCAGGCAUUAACUGGGACUAGCCCUGGUGCACCCACCUGCUCCCCACAGGCUGCUUCAGCUCCUGAGCCUGCACCUGGUUUGCCUCACCAGCAGGGAGUGGCAGGAGGCACUGGCAGUGCCCCCAAUAGCCCUAUGGCUAUGCUCAACAUUGGUUCCAACUCUGAGAAAGAGAUUGAUGAUGUCAUUGAUGAGAUUAUCAGCCUGGAAUCCAGCUACAAUGAUGAAAUCCUAAACUAUGGUGGUCUGCAGAUGCCCAGCACUCUUCCAGUCUCUGGAAACCUCCUGGAUGUGUACAGGAACCCAGGAAUGAUGGAGCCAGCUGUAACUGUCAGCAACUCCUGCCCAGCUGACCUGCCCAAUAUCAAGAGAGAGAUGUCAGAAAAUGAAGCCAAAGCAUUUCUGAAGGAAAGGCAGAAGAAAGACAACCACAAUUUAAUUGAACGACGGCGGCGGUUUAAUAUAAAUGACCGAAUCAAAGAACUGGGGACCCUCAUCCCCAAAUCUAAUGACCCGGAAAUGCGCUGGAAUAAAGGAACUAUCCUGAAGGCCUCAGUGGAUUACAUCCGCAAAUUGCAGAAAGAACAGCAGCGCUCCAAGGAGAUGGAGCUGAGACAACGCAAAUUAGAGCAAGCUAACCGCAGCCUGCAGCUACGAGUACAGGAGCUGGAACUCCAGGUCCAGAUGCACGGGUUGCCUUUGACUUCCACCCAGGGGCUUCUGGCACAGUCCUUGGGAGGAGACCUGGCUCCGCCAUUUGCAGAGUCCCUGGAUCUGCCCUUUUCAGCUGAAGAGCUGGGUCUGGGUCUUGCACUGGGAUCUGACGGGGGAGCCUUGCAAGAUGUUCUCAUGGACGAUGGGACUGCUCUGUCCCCGCUGGGCGCCUCCGACCCACUCCUUUCCUCUGUCUCUCCUGGUGCCUCAAAGGGCAGCAGUCGCCGUUCCAGCUUCAGCAUGGAAGAUGAUUCAUGAUGGCAGCCCUUGGCAUUGGGGGCAGUAGGGAUGGAGGAGCUGGAAAUGGCUUUGCCAUUUUACAUGUCUUGUUCUGGCCCAAUGCAGACUUUGCUGCUUACACUCAUCAGCUUCAAAUCUUGGAGGCUCCUCUCUUCGGUUGCUAUAGGCUGUGUCCCUCUGGAAGUACCACCCCUUUCAUAAUAUUCUAUAUUUUUAAAGGUACCCCUUUAACAAAAAGGAGGGAACUCAUGGUUAAAUUUUCUUCCUACAGAAGGUGGGCUCGAACCAUGUAAUAGCAAACGUCCUUCCUAGAAGCAGUAGAAACAGAAUUUUGUCACUAAUUGUGGGACUGUAUGUUAUCUGCACCCAUUAAGGCUCAGAAACUCAGUGUGAUAAAUUUGUGCAUCUCCCUUACCUGUUCUAAACUUCAAUAGGGUAUUGCUUUAAUGCUGUGCAAAGAGCAUGUAAUCACAAACCUUGAUUCCUUCACUCUAACCUUUACUUUACACUCUUGCAUCUUUGCUGUAUAUAAUUUGAGCAGAAUUGGGAAGGGAGGGGAGGAGGAAAGUGGACUUCUUUCAUAGUGUUUUUGCAAAGCAGAGAGCCACUACCUUUUUUUAAAAAAGAGAGCUUUAUUUUAUAUAGAUAUUGGACUUUUUAAUUUGUACAUCUUAGCCUUUUCCUGUCAUUAUUUCAAAGUUUUACUAAACUGCCACUUUCUAGUUAGUGAAACCUUAACAUUUGAGUUACUUGGCACUCUACUUCACAAUAUGGCUAGCCCAUGUGAAGGGGGGACAAGACAGUGCCUCUUGGAACUUCACUGGGAAAGGUGGAGGGCAAAAAAAAAAGUAAAUAAUGUCCUUGUAAUUGCACAUAUGACUAUUGAAGUGUCAUGGCUGCUCAGUAGGAUUUAAUUGCCAUUUCCUGUUUUUGUAAGAUAAAUGAAACUAUAAUCAG